UUACAGUUAAAAGUGACCCCCAUGAUGAAAUGAGUGCUUACUCCUGACAGAGGACUUCUUUCGUCGGCGAGUAGUACUUUUAAAUCUUUAGCUAUCUCAAGUGAAAUAAGAUAAACGUUUUACUGAAAUUCAGAGAUUAGCCUUGCUGGAGCAUUUUAAAGAACACGGCUAGGAUUUGUUUUUAGCAUUAUUGCUAUCUGCUAGCCAUAAAAACAACAACAACGACAGCAUCGCGCUGUAAUCGGAUGACGGCGAGCAUCUUGUUUGGCUGCUGUUUGGGAAUAACAUCUUCUGCAAAGAGAGGAUUUAAGUCAGCUGUUCGUAUGAAAGUCAAGUGCUGACUCUGAGUUGAAUUAUGUCCACGUUGUCUUUGGAUAAAGAACUGCAAGAGCGCUUAAGAGAGGCGAGUGCUAUUGGAGACCUUGACGAAGUGCGGACUUUAGUCGAGAGCGGAGUGAACAUCAACUCACAAAAUGAAAUCAACGGAUGGACAUGUUUACACUGGGCAUGCAAGAGAAACCACAAACACAUAGUGGCAUAUCUUCUGAAUUCUGGAGCCGACAAAGAAAUUCUCACUGCUAAAGAGGAGUUGGCCGUGCAGUUGACCUCCAAACCCGAGAUCAGAAGACUGCUCGGAGUGGAGGAAGAGGAGAUUGAACCUGAAAUAAAGGAAGCAGAGCUGCCGAUUAUUCCAAACUAUAUGACUAACCCACCCUUCUUGUAUUGUAAGAAGGAUAAGAGCGACCUGAGUAUAGCACGACACGUUUCCCAGAAUGGCACCAGUGACCAUUUGGAUGAUGUGGUCUCAGGCCCGGCCACAUUAUCCCCCAUACAGGAACAGCAACAGCGCUUGUACUCGGACAGCCAAAGCCAACCGGCCUUGUCCUACGUCUCCAUGGUAGAGCCGAGCAGCGUCGUGCCAAACCAGGUGACUAAUGGGACUAUGUCCAUGGAGGUCUCCCCAGAAGUGCAUCACAGCAACCACAAUGAUUACGUUCACAGUCACAACAUUGCCCAGAACAGCCCUGUUUGUCCCCAGCUCCCUUCGGCUAGCACAGGCUCCAACCCCAGCAUUACCCGGCAACAGUCUGUGACUCAUCAGCUGAACGGCUCUCAGCCCGGUGGCUCUAUGCCUGCCUUCCAGCCCUUCUUCUUCACCAGCACCUUUCCUGUAAAUGUACGGGAACUUGUUCUGAAGGUGCGAAUCCAGAACCCACAUGCUAGAGAAAACGAUUUCAUCGAGGUUGAGCUGGACAGACAGGAGCUGACGUACCGGGCGUUGCUACGGGUCUGCUGCCGUGAGCUGGACAUUAGUGCUGAACAUGUAGAGAAAAUCCGCAAGCUCCCCAACACUAUGCUCAGAAAGGACAAAGAUGUGGCUCGGCUUCAGGACUUCCAGGAACUGGAGGUGGUGUUGGAGAAGGCGGAGAGCUUGUCUUUGUUUUCUGGCCCAGGGGGGCUGAACGACAGGCCUUGCUAUAACAUGAAGGCCUCGAGGCUCACCUACUAGCUCCUGCCUCCAGCCCCAGCACAGGGUGGAUUGACUCACUGCCCCGUCUGGGACUGUAGUUCCAAAUGCCUAAGUUCCAUAUCUAGAUCCAUACCAACACAUCAGAUGCCAUUCUUCCAUUAUCUUUCUCUGUCCUUAUAUAAUGUUAGUCAUAUACCUUUUCUCCCAAGCCCAUUGUAUUGACCCUUGCAUGGUCCCUACAGCCAUCUGCAGAACGAUGUGAGGCCCACCUGUAAUCCUUGUUAGUUUUGUCACAAAUAUUUGGGUUUAAACAUCUUUUCACCAUGACAUCAUCUUUUAACAGCCACCGUUUUUUGAAUAUUCAAAAGUUUCUUGCCCGGCGUUGAGCCGUAUGUCAUCUCCCACGCUGAAGUUUUCAGACCUGCCUCGCUGCUGUGUUUGCUUAUGAGGCCACUGUGUGGUUUUGAACACAGCUUACCGGGACAGUUGUGACUUGUACCAGCACUUCUCUUUGUCAGUUAUGGUCAUCACACACGCACGUGCAUUCCUUUCCCAUUAAUGCCUCUUUUAAUUUGCACUGGCAAAGCACACAGCAAAAUGAUCGCUAACAUUCUCUUUAAAGUGUGUUAGGUUUUUUUAGUACCACUUGGGAAAGCCUUUAUAGUUUCACGUACUAGAAUACAACAGCUUCAGGACUGAGAAAAGAGGAGUGUUUUUUCAUGUUUUUUGCCAGAUAAUCCCCAGUGCACUUUAAAAAAAAAAAUACGACAAAUAGGAGGUCCUUAAACAUAGAGGGCGUUUGUAAUUUUAUUAUUAUUAUUAUUUUUUUUUUUUAAUUUAUCAAUGGUGUGUUUUGCUGCCAUUGCUGCUCCUUCAGUCACUCCAAACCAAAAACUAAAACUGUUGGUCUAACUAUCCUCAUGAUCUUGUAUCAAGGCCUAAUAAUCAUUUUCAUUCUGCACUGAAUAAUGUAGCAAGGACGGUUGUUAUUUAAUUUAUAUAUAUAUAUAUAAGGAAUGAAAGCUUCAAGAACAGGGUUUAAUGAACGUGAGCUUCCACAACCACUUUAUAUGUUUAAGUUUAAUAGUUCUAAUAAGAGGGACAAAGUUUUUCUAAUAGAUAUGUUUUCUCUGGACCUUAACGGAGCACAGAUUUUAUAUUUAGGAAGCAAGAUUCCUUCUUCAUUUGUCAGUUUAGCAGCAGUGCCGUUCAACAUUUCCAUAAAGGUCUAUAUUGCAAUUCUAUUUCCUGAGAUAAAUCUUGGAAUACAUUUUGUCAUUUUUAUCCAAAUAAAAUUUGUAUUUAGCCCAAGAGAUACCUUACACUGAGACAAGGCGAUGUGCAUCGUUUCACAUAGUAAGGAAGUGUAAAUGUAGGAUAUUCAACAGUAGGCAUAUCUGGAGAAGGCAUGGCUACAUUAUUAUUAUUAUUUUUUGUUUAGUUUUAAAUAUACUAAUUAGAAAAUCUUUUGAGUUUAGAAGGUUGUCUAACAAUGUCCCAGUAUAAGAACUCACUUAAAAUGCAGAAAAGGUUCACUUUUAAAUGAAGUCCCUCUAUAUAUUGUAUUGUUAUGUAGUAUGGAUUUAUUUUAGAUAUUAUUUUAGUCAUUUGACUGGAGGAAGGAGGAUAGCGAGCACACUACAGCUGAAAUGGAGCCAAGCAUUUGUCUGUCUGCCUGUCCGUGUGUCUGUGUAUCAGUUCUGUUCUGUAUCCUUGUGAAUUCAAAUGGUGUCUAUUCAAAGGGGUUGAAAGUUUGGUUGAGAAAGCUGCAAUGUUUCUGACUGAUGUAAGGCAUCAAAAGUCUGUGUACUAACUGGUCAUGUUUGGGAUGAUGAAUACAGUUUGACUUAACCUAUGCA